UUCGAUCCACCGCUCUCCCAUGCCCCUCGGCCUCUCCUCCCCACUCCUCUUCCAGAUCCGGCGAUGGCAGGCGCGGGGCGUGGAGAUGGGGGGAGACGCGGGCGCCAUGCAGGUUCGAUGACUGCGUCGUCGGCAUCCUUGGCGCCGUCGCAACGGCCGUUGGUGGAGCUGCACUCCCAGGAGGCAAGGAGGGAGAUGCUGCGAGUGGUUCGGGGGCUCUUCCCCAACGGCGACGAGUGGCCGGAGCGCAUGUUGGAGAUACUCCGCUCGGCCACAAUCGAGGAGCGGAACCGAUUUGUCGGGGACGAGGGAGGGAUGGACUACGAGGUGAUAUACUGGGUGUGUCAGGAGGCGGAGAUGGCGGAUCCAGCGCAAGCGGCGAGGUGGCAAAGAUUCAGGUCGCCGAGCCCGUCUCUGCUUCGCAUCCGGCCACCGCGGGUGAUGGAGAUGCCGGGGGCCCCCCUCGGAGUCGUAGGGGAGCAAUUCACCGCACCACUCGUGAAGGCGCGGGACCCUGGCAGACACCGCCAAGCUCGGGGGCGUCGAGCGGAGAAGGGGCUGCCUCGCAGCUUGGAACCGCCGACAUGGCCAGGGGACCGAGGCUUGGUUCCUCCUCAUCUCAAUCGGGGGCGCAAAUAGAAAAGUUUGGAUUGCAACAUUGUCAAGUUAAGAGGGAUUUUGCUUCGCUGGGAAGUUCUUUGUGGCGCUCUCAGCAAACCGAGCUGAAGCAAUUCAUUCGACUGCUGGACAAGCGUCGGGGGGAGAUCCUGAGGAUUGCUUGGCGAUGAUCUGAAGACCCUUUAUCCUUAGUUUCUUUCUUCCUUGGUAGCUUAUCUUUGGCUUGUAAUAAGUAGACUACAUUGCACCUCCCAAGACAGCUUCCUUGUGGGGUUCUGCCUAUGUUUCUCUUCGGUUGCUUUGUUAAACUGCUAUGUAGCUGUUUCGUGGGCUUUUCUGCUCCAUUUAUAAAAGUGGGGUAGGGGGAACCCCUUUCGUUCAAAAAAAAUGGUAAGGAAAUUUUGUAAAACCAAAAAAGGAAC